AAAAAACACAUUCUGAUACCAGUUUCAUCCAGAUAUGCGGCCAAGCUAUGGAAAAUGCUACUUUGGCGGCUUUUCUUCCCAGGCAGGAAGAGACUGGCCGUUUGAGGCUGCCGGAGCCAAAGGCUGAUCUUCGACAAACCUCUCCUCCAGCCUCCAACCCAUGGGAUUCAGAAGCUGGAAAGUGCGCUGCUUUCAGGAAGGUAGAGCUAGUCAGGGCGCUUCCCAAUGGGGCAUCUGGACCUUGGGAGUUGCAGGCCAACGGGGCGAGCCCUUCGAGCACGAGCUUUUCCUUGAGUGGGCUGCAUGCGCCACAGAUGCGGUCUUUGGCCGAGGUACACAAAUUGGCGUCCCAAUCUUCUUCACGGAAAGUCCACAGCUGUCUUCGUUGGCAGCAGAACUGUGGAUUCCCUGCUGCUGCAGCAGAUGAACUGGAGCGGCUUCGAUUGGAGGAGAAAGCCUUGCGUCACUUGUGGCAGAGCAGCUGGCAAUCCCAGGGGGCAGAUGGCACCAGUGUGGCAAUGCAAGCUCACCUUGCAGAUCAGAUUCAGAUCGCUCAGCAGGAAAUCUUUGACCUCAGCAGGCAAGCGGAGCGAGAUGAACUGCGCCACCAUGAAGCAGCCGAAGAGUGGCGACUGGUAUACAGGCAAGCGAAAGAUGCCUUGAAGCAGAAGCAGAUGGAGGCCGAGGAUACUCAGACUGCCGUGGAAGAGCUCCAAGCUCAGGUUGCAUCACUUCGCAAUGCUUUGAAAGAGGCAUGCGCUGACUUGGAUGAUGCCCGAGCUGCCUACCGUGCCACUGAUGCGCGUGUGGCUACUGAACGUUCAGUGCUGAGAGAAGAACUGGCCGAGGCAGAACAUGCUGCUCAAGGAGUUCAGGUGCAUCAAGCUGAAGCUGUGCGGAAGAGACAGGAUGAGCUACGAAAAGAGCUCUCCGAGUGCUUGCAGCAGGAGGCCUCCGGUGGCGCCUUGCUCCAGCGGCUGCACGCGCUGCGAAGCGAUGCCGAGAUUCAGCUGCGACGCCGAGAAGAAGCGGAGCAGCACCAAAAGGUAGACGCUGCAUGCCAAAGCAUGCUCGCAGAAGACGUCACAGCGUGCAAAUGCGGCCACAAUGCCAACGCCAUUUUGCCAGCUCCUCCGGAAGCCAAGCAUGCUGAGCAGCGAGCAGUUGCCCCUGGAGAAGCACUUGUCCAAGCAGAAGCGAAAGAGUUCAGUCGAGCCGAACAACGGCAGUGGCUGCUGAGCAGAGCGCAGAAACUUCAUGCGGUGAAGGAUCAGUUGCAACAGCUGCGGCGGCUGCAACAGCUGGGUCCUGAAAUUCAGAAAGAUGAAUUCAGAAUGUCCGAGCGCACACAAGCCGCCCAGCGCACUUGCAGGUGGCACAAAAUGGUAUGUCGGAAAUGUGAAUCCAACUGAAGAAGCUGCGGCUUGUUUGUAUCAUGAUUGUGCAAGUGUAGCAUGUCCAUGCUUCGGCUGGACCAGUGCAGGAAGCUUGCGCAUCUGAUCUAUAUGCUUGAACGGUAUACCAGCAACGCUGGGAUAUAUAUAUAUAUAUAUGUAUGUGUAUGUGUGCGUGUGGAUCAACAUUGGGCCCGACCUACUUGCCAUGCAAGGACCACAGUUUCAU